UACAAUAGCGAACAGACAGGCAGCGUUUGUGCAACUCGACUCCAUCUUCCUCCCUCUCUCGCGCUCCUCCUGGCCAAAACUGCCGUGCUCCUCUCGUGCGCUUCAUUCAGAUGGAUAACUUCAGGAACAUGGCUUUGCCAAACACUUCACUUUUACUGUUUGUUCUUCAAAUGUGCGCUCUUGCUUGGCAAGCUUGGGCGCUAGUGGAUCUGAGGAUGGAGGACACUGUAGAGGUCUACAUGGAUGAGUCUGCAGAAAUCCCCUGCCUGUAUUCCUUCACCGAGCAGCCCAUGAUGGUCAUGGUCCAGUGGUUUGUGCAGGAACGUGAGGGUCAUCGGGUCCGAAUCUCAUUCAGCGAUCUGACCAUGCAGAAGGUGGAUGAGAACACGAGCUACAGCGAUCGUAUCAGUGUGCAAUCAAACAGUGAUGGAGAAACUCUGACCAUUCAGGAUGUUAAGCUGUCUGAUGAAAGAGAGUUUUUCUGUCAGGUCAGUGGAUUGUCAGCAGGCAGUGAAGAGGGCAAGACUCUUCUUAAAGUUUUUGACCCCCCAGAGCCUCCCGUCAUUGAAGGUGUCCUCUCUGGAGUUUCUGUGUCUGGUGAAUCCCCAGCUAAGAUUGCAUCUUGUGAGACCAGAGAAGGCUUUCCCAAGCCGAACAUCACAUGGUACCGUGAUCACAUCCCCAUCCACCCCACUAGUGGCUUGGCGAACAUGGUAACUCUACUGACGAGGGAAUCCAGUGGUCUAUAUACAGUGCAGAGUGAGUUGCAUUAUAAGGUGACCAAGGAAGACAAAGACGCCCACUUUUCCUGUGAAGUUAGCUAUUUUGUCCCAGGAGCUGUCAGGACAUCCGAGUCCAAAGGCAUCAAUAUUACAGUUCACUACCCAACGACCAGCGUGGAGAUAUGGAAAGAAUCACCCGAGGGCUUGGUCAGAGAGGGGGACACAGUGGAGCUUCGUUGUCAAGGCGAUGGGAACCCCCCAGCACCCAUCAUUUUCAACCGAGAACAAUCAGACGUGGAGCUGGAUUCCUCUCAGGGGCUGCUGGUUCUGAAGGAAGUGUCUCGAGCAGAUAGCGGUGUGUAUGAAUGUCACUCUCUGGGCUUGGAUGCUGUGAACCAUGACGAGGGGCUGGACACCCUACAGCUCACUGUGCACUAUCUGGACCCAGCUGUGGUGGUGCCCAAAGACUCGGAGGUCAUGCUGAAAGGAGAAAGUCUGACAGCCACCUGCAAUGCCCUGUCGUCUUUAGAGACCUCGACUGUGUGGUUUAAGGAUGGGAUUGAGGUCGGGAGAGGACACAUAAUGCAGCUGCAGGAUGCCACGUUUGACACAGCUGGACAUUAUGACUGUGAGGUGACUUUACCGUCUCUUCCAGGCCUGCUGACCAGCGGUUUUGUCCAUAUCAUCGUACAGGGCGCGCCUCAGAUGAAGGAUGCAGAGAGAGAGAUUGAGCUGAUGGAGAAAGUAGGGGGUUGGGUGAAUUUGAGCUGUGAGGUGAGAGGUUACCCCCGACCCGCCAUCACCUGGAGCAUCACCGGCAGUCAGUCUCAGAGCUGGCGUGAGGUUGUUAAAGGAGAGAUGGAGGAUCAAGUCUACAGCGUUGUGAUGCUUAAAGUCACCACUGAUGCUGUUGCUGUCUGCAAUUCAACAAACGACUUCGGAAUAGAGACCAAGACUUUCAGCAUCAGGAGCAUUCCAUUCUCCCAGACUCCAACAGCUAGAAAAACUUCAGUUGAUAAUAGUGGAGUGAUUAUUGUGGUGAUUAUUGUCAGCAUCCUGUUGCUGGCCAUCCUGGGCAGUGUCUUCUACUUCCUGUAUAAAAAGGGCAAGUUACCCUGUGGACGUUCAGGCAAGCAAGAAAUCAUUAAUGUCUACAGCACCAAGGAGAAGACUAACAAAGAUGACAUCGUCGUAGAAAUGAAGGCAAAAAAGACAGAGGAGUCUGUGCUACUGAAGGGCGUCAAUGGGGAACAGAAACCUCCCAAUGACCAGAACAGCACCCUUAGCUCAUAAGCGGAGACUUGUGGGCGACUAAAGAUGGCGUCUGGUGGAGCAGCCACCUCUUCUGGAUAAAGUGGACUGUACUUUUGUAUCUCGUGUGAGAGCAGCAGUAUUCAUGCUUGGAUAAAUGGGACGUAAGCGAUAAAGGAAGAUUGUUCUCUAUUUUCUACUGUUCUUCAUUGUUUUUCUUCAACCAUCGACCAAUUUCAAGACCACGAGUUUCAUCCUUUAAACACAAGCAAAAUGAAUUACUGAGUAAAAACAUUCUUACACUCUGUGAGCACCAAUUGCAUCAAAAACCAAUAGAGUGUUGCAGGGAUGAUAUAUUUUUGUAGGCCAGAAUUUAGAAAUGAGUUACCUGUUCCAUCAUUCUUUUGGUUAAUUGUCUGAAACAAGGUCUGUGGUUAAUGCAAGCUGAGGAUAUUUUCAUGGUUUCCUAUGACAUUAAAUAUGGAAAUCCAAAAGUCAAUGGAAAAAUCCUGUAGCGUUUUUGUUAAGGAAACCAGGGUGAUGCUUGCUUCCGGGUUGGCCUACAAAAAUAUAUCAUCUCAAGCUGUUGCAACAGGCAUGAUGUUGCACAAAUUAAAAGAUUAGCUCACUUCCAGAAUAAACAUUUCCUGAUAAUUUACUCACCCCUGUGUCAUCCAAGAUGUUCAUGACUUUCUUUCUUCAGUCGAAAAGAAAUGAAAGU